AUGCUAAAAUGUUGUAAAGUUUUUGUGUUAUUACUGUGUGUCUCUCAUCAACACAUCUCGUUAUCUUCCAAACAGCAGGAAGCAUUCACCGAAUUCUUGGGUGUGUUCAUCUCCAUCAUAUCUUUCCUUGUUGUUGGUCCAGCACCAUUCCUUCAUUUGAGCCCAGCUCUUUGGCUAAUUUACCUGUCCCAGGUGUGCGUCGGCUUUUCAGCAGGAACACUGUUUACCAGUUGCUACUAUAAUGCAUACAACGUCGCCUUAGAGUGUGGCUACCCGGAAACGAUCUCAACGAGCGCAUUCAUUUCAAGUUCCACUAUAUUGUUCCAGAUGUCUGGCGCAAUCGUCACCCCACCUGCUGCUGGUUACAUCGUCGAGGCGAUCGGCUUCAGAGAGGGCACCAUGGUCAUGUUCGGGAUUCUUCUAUUAUGGAUGCCGUUCCCGUUUGGCCUGUGGAUGCACGCAGUUAUUCGACUCGUCAGAAAUACGUAUCACAUAAGCUGAGACUUAUUGUGAAGC